AAAGAAGAAUGGAGGUGAAGGCAAGAUAAAAAAACACGGAAAGCGAUGGUAAUUGCAAUGCCGGAAUCGGUGUCGUCUACCGGAGGAUGUGUUAGGUGACGGCCACGAAAUGAUAAUGGCAAACAAUACUAGUUUAGCCUGGGACACCGGCAACUAUUCAUUCAACGACACGUACGAAGACGGAAACCAGUUCGUCCUGCCGCUGUGGAGGCAGCUUAUAUGGACGUUCCUCUUCGGCGGGAUCGUGAUAGUGGCGACCGGUGGUAACCUCAUAGUCAUAUGGAUAGUGCUUGCUCACAAACGGAUGCGGACCGUGACCAAUUACUUCCUCGUCAACCUGGCGAUCGCCGACGCCAUGGUGUCGAGUCUGAACGUCACCUUCAGCUAUUCUUACAUGGUGAACAGCGAUUGGCCCUUUGGGAACGUCUACUGCAAGAUCAGCCAGUUUGUCUCGGUUCUGUCCAUUUGCGCCAGCGUAUUCACAUUGAUGGCAAUUUCAGUCGACAGGUACAUGGCAAUCAUGCAUCCUCUGAGACCUAGGAUGGGAAGAAGGAUGACCCUGUGCAUAGCCGGUAGCAUCUGGGUCCUGGGAUCCGCGUUUGCAGUGCCGAUUCUAAUAUUCUACACAACCCUCGUCCAGGAUUUCCCCAACGGUGACACGAGAGUGAUAUGCUAUGCAGAAUGGCCCGACGGCUCGACGACCGAGAGUUAUCAAGAAUAUAUAUACAACGUGUUUUUUAUGGUCAUUACCUAUUUCGUGCCGAUCACUUCGAUGUGCUUCACGUACGUCAGGGUCGGCAUUGAACUUUGGGGCAGCCAGAGCAUCGGAGAGUGCACGCAAAGACAAUUGGAGAACAUCAAGUCGAAAAGAAGAGUGGUUAAGAUGAUGAUCGUGGUCGUCAGCAUAUUCGGGGUAUGCUGGCUUCCUUUUCACAUAUACUUCAUCAUCACGUCGUACAUGCCGGAGAUCACGAAUCUCUCCUACAUCCAGGACCUUUACCUCGCCAUUUAUUGGCUGGCCAUGUCAAACUCCAUGUACAACCCGAUCAUCUACUGCUGGAUGAACACCAGGUUUAGGCGAGGCUUCAAGCAAUUUUUUUCCUGGUGUCCUUACGUCUACGUUCCCCCUGAGGGCCUGACGAGGCGUGAAGCUGUCACAAGCCGCUAUAACUAUUCCUGUUCUGGAUCACCAGAGUCCCACUACAGGAUCGUUCGAAACGGUGCUCAACACUGUGAAUCUAGCCUACAAAGACCUCUGGCACGUACGAAAAGGCACAAUGCAUCGGGGAGCAGUCGCGAACACAAAUCCGUCUGGUUUAACGACGAUUACUGAUGGAUAUCACAACAAUUUCCGUUCGAGAAAGACAUGGCGGCAUGGCGAGGGAUCCUGACAGGACGCCCGGCGGAGGCAAGCGCCUUCUCAGACAUGGAUUUAAUCUCUGAACAAGCGAUUCGUUCCUAAUUGAUUAGUCACAUGUUAAUCAAAUCGAACUGACCACGGUGUUAUUUAGUUGAAAUUCAUAUUUAAAAAAAAAAAUUAAUUGAGAAUGUGAUAUUCAUUACAGAUUUCUUUUUAUUGAUUUUCCAAGCAAAUUUGGUCUUUUGUUUGGAAAAUUAUUACCUCUUAAUACUCUUAAACAUAUCAAUGAACUUUGU